AUGGAGAAGUCAGUCAGGUUUGCCGUGGUGUGCGUCGGAGUGUCUCUGCUCAUCUCCUGCCAUCCAGUCGAAGCCUGGUACAAGCAGUCGACCGGGCCCAGUUACUAUUCGGUGGGUCGCGCCUCCGGUUUGCUGUCCGGUAUCAGGAGGUCGCCGUACGUCCGGAGGUCCGAGUCUGAAGAGACGCUGAUGGAGAGCGGGGAGACAGCAGGUAACAACGUGAUCCCAGAAACUAACAGGCAGAUCUCCAUCCUCAAAAGCAUGGCCAUCUGCGUGAAGGACAUCUCUCCAAACCUGAAGAGCUGCGAGCUUCUGCGGGACGGGACGGGUACCUUCCAGUGCAAGGCGGACGUCUUCCUUACCCUGGACUCCCUGGACUGCCUGUCCGCGUGA